GUCCCCCUCCUCUCGCACAGGGCAGUGGAGAUGGGGGUGUGAGUGAGGGCCACGAGUGUAAGGAGCGGAGCAAGGGGAGGCACGGGGAGGAAGAGCAUGAAUUUGCUGAGAGAGUCAGUUUAGAAACCGGCAGAGCAGGAGGGGGGGAACAGCCAGCACACUUAUCACCAGCAACAGCGCCACAAGAACAGGCAGCAGAGUGCCGGUCGCCCCAGUGGCCUUAUAUCACCUUCCCUUCUCCCUGCAGUAACCACUGCUGCUGCUGUCCCUCCCCCCCUGUCAUCACGUCUUUCUCCCCUGCCGCCUCCCCUCCCGCCCCUCCACCCCUGAACCUGCACACCACUCCCCUUCUCCAUGCUCUGCUUCUCCACCCCGCCCUGCUCCUGUGUCUCUUUCCCUCUGGACUUGACUGAACAGCUGACCCUCUCCCCUGCUGCAACCACGGUACCUGGGGUUCCUCCCGACACUGCUGUGACAGCAGCUGCACUGCUUGCAAACAGCAUUUCAGAAGCAGAAAAGGGUAUUCUAGGGUGGGGCCACGGACCGAAAAAUGCAGAGGGGCAGGAUCAGAGUAGGAGGGGGGGAAGGGGACGGGGGGGCGCGCAUGGGGAGGAUAGUAUCUGGAGCGGCCAGAGUGUGCAAGCGGGAGGUGACAUGAGGACAGGCACGGAGACAAAAUGGCUGGCUUGGGAAUGGCAGCUGAAGCCAGAGGCUAUGCCAGCACUGCCGCCAAUGCUGCAAUAAUCUGUGCUGCCAUUUCAACAUAUGCGAAUGAUGCAGGCAGGGAUAUUGUUUGCUACAGUCACAUAUUUUCGUGGCCAAAAAAAUGCACAUGCAUUUUGCAUAUUAAUCCAUUGUGAUGUUGACAAUCUUAUAUGCUAUUCAUGAUGUUCCG